GUUGACAGCUUUUAUAUUUGGCUCACGCCAAGCCGUAAUUACCCCCUCAACUAUCGGUGCUAUGAUCUACAGUAUUCGACACUAUGUACCACAAUACUGUUAUAUGAUUUUAAAACCUUGGUUUAGUACUAUAGCUGUUCUCGGUUUGAAUACGAUUAUCUAGUAAAUGGGCACCUAGGCGAUUUCCUAACUCUGUGUUAAACCGAAGAUUGCCGAUUGACAAAGCAUCUCUUUAAUUUAUUUAAGAUGGCGGCUAACAAAGUCACAAGAAAGAAUGAGCUGGAGUAAACUCCAAAUCGAAUGAAACAAUUCAUUAGAAGACAAACGGUCAAGAAAGUCUGCUACAUAAAUUAUUAAUUUAAAUCCUGAUUACCUCUACGGAUGCAAUAUAUUAAUUAAACACGUAAAUAAUAAUACUUCCGUGCGAUCGACUUUGUUUACGUUUUGUUGGGUUUGUGACAGUUCCGCUUCCUUCAGUUGCCCAGUUUAGUCCUUGCAACACAAACAACAUUAGACAUGUCUUUAGAAGACCCCUUUUUCGUAGUGAAGGAGGAGGUUCAGAAAACUUUGCACACUGCCCAUGGACUGUAUACACGGUGGAACGAACUGCAGGAUCAAUCUAAUUUGGUUUCCAAAGAGGAAACAGAUUGGACUUCAAGUGAACUGCGAAACAGUUUGAGAAGUAUCGAAUGGGAUUUAGAAGAUUUGGAAGAGACUGUAGGCAUAGUUGAAAAAAAUCCACGGAAAUUUAAGAUCACAGAAAAUGAAAUACGUGAAAGAAGAAAUUUUAUUGAGAGGACGAAGGCAACUGUGAAAGAAAUGAAAGGAGCCCUGGCUAGUCCAACAAAAGCAACUAAUUAUAAUUACAGUAAGGAAGAUAAUGUCAGACAGGCUUUACUUCAUGCAGACAAACAAAAUGGACCAAUGGACCGCUACACAAGAUUGGAUAAUGAAAUGGAACGAUCAAAUCAAAAUUUUAUUGAUGACAGCCAACAACAACAGUCGCUAAUAAUGAGAUCGCAAGAUGACCAAUUAGAACUAAUUGGUGGCAGCGUCGGUGUACUAAAGAAUAUGAGUCGUCAGAUUGGUGGAGAGUUAGAUGAACAAAAUGUUAUGCUUAGUGAUUUCCGUCAUGAGAUUGAGACAACAGAUUCUAGACUUGACAGUACAAUGAAAAAAAUGGCUAAAGUUUUACACAUGUCCAAUGAUAAAAGACAAUGGAUGGCGAUUGUGGUGUUGAUUAUAAUAUUAGUUGUUAUUCUUGUCCUUUUUUUUGUAUUAUGAGAACAAGGACAUCACAAAAUACCAAUAAAACAUUUGAAGAUAUAAAACAAUAUCAGUAAAUCAUAAAUAUGGGAUGAAUAAUGGCAUGUUUUUGUGGUUAGGUUUAUUUAUUCUCUGGAUUUAUUUCAAGAGGACAUAUUAUAUACAGGUGCUAAUGGUCAGUGGUGGUUUCCAUAGUUAAAUCAGCAUCGAAAUUUGCUCAUUUUAUUCUAAGCAGUCCACUGAUCAUGAUCUGCAUGUAAGGAUGUACCGUAGCUUACAAUAUUCACAAAUGGUCGUGGACUGACAUUAAUCGAUGAUGAAUAUGUACAAGUAAAAAAAACUGAAUCUUGUGAUGUGAUGAGUUUACAUAAAGUUUGCACAGUAUGGUUAAAUUUCUGUUCAUUUUUGUGUUAACUUUCAUUAAAUGAAAGGAGACAAUUUAAAAAAAAAAAUAUCCUUUUUAUUCCUUAUAAGACUACACUUCUUCAUUAUACAUGUAUAUUUUUAGGCAUCUAAAUGCAUUAGAAUGGGUGAAUAGAACUGUGACAAUGUGAUUUUAAAAAUAUGGGUUAAAUGUGGCAUUGAUGCCCUGCAUUGUAUUUAGCCAUCUUUAUUUAUUGCAAUAUGUAUUCUUUGUUUUUGGACUUGGCUUUUUUGCAUAAACUGUAUCGUUAUAAAUCAUUAUCUUUAUGUGUGCUGACAUUGAAAUAUCUUUCACUAGAAUAAUAUAAUGUUCAGGAAAUAUUCCUUUUUCCAUGGGCUGUCCCCCUUGUUGAAAGUUUGUUUUCAUUCUGAGAGGCACCUGUAUCAAUAGACUACACGUCUGGAACUGUACAGCACAGUAGAUGCAUAUGGCCAGUUCCCAGAUCCAUUAGCUUGAUUAGAUAGAAGGCUACUUGUGUUGUUUGUUGCUUGCAAUGUGUGUGUUGUGUUUCUGUCCAUGGGUUUGUCUUGUUGGUUUCCUGCACUUAUUACAUGUACCUGAGUUUAGAGGUUUCUUAUUUUAACAAAUCAAAACAACUUUUCUUGGAAAUAAUGACAUCAUAAUAACAUACAUGUAGUGACGUCAGAGAUUUAAUAUCUCAUUUAUUGCUUAAUUAGAUCACAUUCAAUGGUUUGAUAAUAUUUACCCAGCUGAAAGUUCUAUAGAUAUAGCCCAUCCGAAUAAAACAAGUCAACUAAUGCUGUUCAGGUUAAUAUCGCACUUGACCAUUUUAAAAAAUGAACAUCUAGAAAGUUUUACAUAUCUGUUCAAAACAUGUUUUAUCUGAAAUUGUUGUUCACAAUUGAAUUUGGUCCAGAAUGACACAGUUUGUGUGUGGAAUGUUCCCAAUCUGUUUCACAUAAGUAAUGCAAAACCCUUCUAACUUUGUGUAAGAUGACUGACCUUUAUCAGUGUGACGUCACAUAACAUGGUGUCAAUCAUUUGUUUCGAUAGUGUGUGCAUUGUUUACAUAGGAUUUAAUAACGUAAACUGAUCCAGGCAGAAUGGUGCCUUUUACUCGUUUUACGUCUCCAUGUAUUAUUUAUGUACCCAUUUACACUAAAUAGGAAAUAUUUUUUAUCGAGGUAUUCUUCAAACACCUUUAUUUAUUUUUCUAAUACUUUAAAAAAAUGUUUUAGAAUUUAAUUUGCAGAAGGAAAAGGUUAAUAUAUUGUGAAUGUGAGCUAAUUAACUCACACCGAUGUUAACCAUCUCAGUGAUUGUAGCGGCCUAGCGAAUAUUCACUGCUGAUCAGUUUGGAGUUUUCCUUGCCUGGAUUUUACAUGUAACUUCACUGGUUUCAUUGCAUAUCACAGCAUGUGUUAUUUGACGAAUUUCUUUAUAAUGAAAUAACAGUAUAUGUAACCAUCUGAUCUAAAUAUCCUUAAGCAAAUCAGACCAAAAUGAAAUAAAUUAUGUACAAUUUGAAUGCAUUAUGAAGCCUACUGUCAUCUGUGGCUAAUAAAGUACCAAUUAGAUGUUAGCUAUAUAUAGUUACAUAUCAUUUCGUUAUUUUAUCAGGUUGUAGGCCUACUGCAUUGACAUCUAACACAUUUUCUUUGAAGACAGUUUCAGUGAGGUAAUGCAAACUUAUUGACCGAUAAAAUUGUCUGUAUUGAUAUACCGCCUGGUGGCUCUGUGGGUAGGACGUUGGCUCGCUAACCGGGAGGACCCGUGUUCAGUGCCUGUGUUGGUUGGGACAAUGUAUAGUCGUUUGGAUGGGACAAAAAAAAAAACAAGGUCCGGGGACAUAAAAGAACCCCUGACAAUUUGAAUUCAAAUCAAGAGUAGGCCUUUUAGCACACUGCAUGGCAUAUGCCCGUCUUUAUUAGAACAUUAGGAUGUUAAACCCCAUUUCAUUUCAUUUGAACUUUAAAACCAAUGUAUGUAAAAGUGAAUCUGAUGGGCUUACGCUAUAAUAUGACUGGUUGAUAUAUGUAGAACUGUCAUUGGCAGAAAUUUGGUUAAAUUACAAUGUAGAGUAAAAAACCAGGAAACCAUACAAAAUUGUAAUCUAAUAUUAAUUAGAAUAUAUUGAAAAGGACUGGAUAUGAUCCCAACAUGUCAUGGCCUAGGGUCUGAAUAAUAGAGCAUUUUGCAUUAACAUAAAUAUUUUAAAAUGGGCACAUGUCACCAUUUCAAAAAGAAAAUAUUAGUACCAAUUUUACAUUAAAGAUACAUUAUGGGAGAUAAGAUAAAGAGCUGGCAGUUCUCACUAUAAUAGUUAAAAACUAGAUAAUGUAAAGGCAAUUUGCGGAGAUUUCAGUCAAAUUGAUCCACUAUAAACCGAUAAUAGAGCGAUUGAAAUUUCAGCCUAGCCUCGAUCAUCAUUACUAAAGUCUGUACAAUAAAAAACAUAGUCUCGAUCAUCCAUUUCAUGAUUAAAUUAACUCGAGCAGCAAAUGGGAUCAUAAUCCAGUAAAUAUUGCAGGCUAGCGAUUUUCAGGCCUAAAGAAAGAGCUGCAAUUGGCAGAUUUAGCUUUUGCAUAAUGUAUGUUUAAUACAGAUAUUUUAAAAUGGACUAUGUCACUAAGGAAAUAAUACAGGUAGCCUUAAGCAUAUUUCAAAAAGAAAAUAAUAACAUCAAAUUCUUUUGAAUAUUAAUUACAAGAGUAACACCUGGUUUUAAUAAAUAAUGCUUUGACCCUGGGGCUUGAACAUGAUGCAAUGAUUUGUGAUACACAAUUCCAGUUUUAUGGUUUUAGAAUGUGGGACCAAAAUAAUUUGAUAGUGCUUUAUAUAUCACAUUAGUGAAAUGGUUACCUGAGUGAGAUGUUGAUGUAAUUUAUUUCAAUAGAAUUAAAGAUGAAUAAAUUGUUUAUUUAGUC